AUGUCCUCCGCUGCAUCUCCCCGAUUCUGGGCCGGGCCCAUUCGCUACUGCCGCUGGGCAUCCCGCGAGAAGCCAGCCUACUUCUGGUCCGUCGUCCUCGGCGCCCUCGGUCCCAUCCAGCUGGCCGUCGUACCUCCCGUCAGAAACUUCAUUGGCGACUACAACGCUCCCCCCAUCCCCGUCACAUACCCUGUUCCCGCAGGACCUAGAAAGCAGCUGACGGGCUAUGACGACGAAUGA